ACAACUUUUCAGCUGAUGAGUCAAUUGCCCAGCAAUAAAUCAUGCUUCUCUCCACAGGAUCCAUCACAUGCCAUUCUUCUGGUCUUUCUUCACAAAGGGAUGGGGAUGGAAUUGACUACACCUCCAUCCACACCCAUGUAUAAAAUUAUACCCAACACCACCUCUUCUCCAGACACAGACACGGCCACAGAGAGCAAAAGGCCAAAGGAAAAGUGACCCCGAAAUCCUUAUUAGCUGUGAGAUUCUCUCGGGCAUUUCCUCAUACAAUUACCAGUUACAGCCCGCCUUCUUAUAAAUUAUAAUUCUCCCAGGCAUUUCCUCAAACAAUUGCAGCUUUUCCUCUUAGGAAUUCUCGCAGGCAAUUGCAGCUUUUUCUUCGUAUGAAUUUUCUCAGUCAUUUUCUCAAGCAAUUGCAGCUUCCCUUCUCAUAAAUUCUAUCUGGAAUUUCCCCAAGCAAUUGCAGCACCCAUUCCUAUGAUUUCUCUCUCAGGCAUUUGUUUAAACAAUUGCAAGCUUCCCUUCUUAUGAUUUUCUCAGGCAUUUCCUCGAACACUUGCUGCGUCUCUUCUCAUAACUCUCUCAGGCAUUUCCUCGAACAGUUCCAGUUGCCGAGUUGCAGGUAGCAUUCUCAAUAAUUCUCUAAGGCAUUUCAUCGAACAUUUAUCGCGCACUUCUGCCAUGGGCUUCCCCGUCUGCUACUCAGAGCUUCCCAAGCUGCUCCUCCACCUGCUGUUCCUAUUGGCUCACCUGCGGAGGUUCCUCAACUGGGUCUCCAGUUGCCUCGGCCUCUCGGACCCCGAAAGCGACCUCCACCAGGAGGCGGAUCGCUGCUUGCUCCUGCCCCCGGUGCCGGCCGAGCUCAUCCAGGAGCUCUCCCCCGCUACCCGCUUCGAAAACCUGGCGGGCGGCAACAUCUGCUGCUGCGCCGUGUGCCUGUCCGAGUUCGAGCCUGCGGACAAGGUCCGGCGAAUGAGCGACUGCCGUCACAUCUUCCACCGCCACUGCGUCGACCGGUGGCUCGAGCACGGGCAGUGCACCUGCCCCCUCUGCCGCGCCCCGCUCUUCCCAUCACAACCGCCCUCCGCCGCCGCUGACGAAGACUUCCCGUGCUCCGUCCCGCUGCCGCUAGGGUUGCCCUCGCCCUAGGAAACUUGUUCAUAUCUGCUCUGCCUUGGAGAAGACUGAUGGAGAUGGAUUGAAGUUCCGGAAUUUGAUCAUGAAGGACGAUCCAAGAACAAUUGGAGAUCGAGGGAGGAGUCUGGUAUGAGAUUGUGGAUCGAAUCAUGGAAUCCCUCUGCUCUGUUCCUUCUUCCGGGUUGGCCGGCUGAAGUUUUGUUGUUGUUGAAGAAAACCUGUGAGCGCUUCAAAAUUUCACGAAACAAAUGUCUUUUCUUUUUCUUCCUUA